AUGGAACUUACCAUGGAGAGCCUGGGCAGCCUGCACGGCGUGUCCCACUCGCAGGCCGGGGAGCUGAUGAGCCCUGCCCACGGCCGGCCGGCUCCUCACCGGAAUCUGGUCUCCCACGCCCGGCCGACCAUGGUGUCCAGCAUGGCCUCGAUCCUGGAAGGCGCCGGGGACUACCGGCCGGAGCACAGCCUGGGGGGCCCCUUGCACCCGGCCAUGAGCAUGGCGUGCGAGUCCCCCUCGGGCAUGAGCCUGAGCAGCACCUACACCACCCUGACCCCGCUGCAGCACCUGCCCCCCAUCUCCACCGUCUCGGACAAGUUCCACCACCCGCACCCGCACCACCACCCGCACCAGCGCCUGCCCGCCAGCGUCAGCGGCAGCUUCACCCUCAUGCGGGACGAGAGGAGCCUCUCCUCCAUGGGCAACCUCUACAGCCACUACCCCAAGGACAUGCCGGCCAUGGGGCAGCCCCUCUCCCCGCUGCCCAACGGCCUGGGCCCCUUGCACAACGCGCAGCAGCCUCUGGCCCCCUACGGCCCCGGAGGGCACCUGGCCAGCGACAAGAUGCUCUCGCCCAGCGGCUUCGACUCCCACGCGGCCAUGCUGUCCCGGAGCGAAGAGCACCUGGCCCGCGGGCUGGGCGCGCCGGGCGCAGGCAUGAUGCCCCCUCUGAACGCCAUGCACCACCAGGGCCACCCCCACGGCCAGCCCAACGGCUCCCUCCUGGGCGAGCGGGAGAGGCAGGCGUCCGCCUCGGGCUCGCAGGCCGGCGGCUCCGGGCAGGUGGAGGAGAUCAACACCAAGGAGGUGGCGCAGAGGAUCACGGCCGAGCUGAAGCGCUACAGCAUCCCCCAGGCCAUCUUCGCCCAACGGAUCUUGUGCCGGUCACAGGGCACCUUGUCAGACCUGCUGCGCAACCCCAAGCCCUGGAGUAAGCUCAAAUCCGGGCGGGAGACCUUCCGGAGGAUGUGGAAGUGGCUGCAGGAGCCUGAGUUCCAGAGGAUGUCGGCGCUGCGGCUCGCAGCCUGCAAACGCAAAGAACAGGAGCAGCAGAAAGACAGGAACCUGCAGCCCAAGAAGCAGCGGCUGGUCUUCACGGACCUGCAGCGCCGCACCCUGAUCGCGAUCUUCAAGGAGAACAAGCGCCCCUCCAAGGAGAUGCAGAUGACCAUCUCGCAACAGCUGGGCCUGGAGCUCAACACCGUCAGCAACUUCUUCAUGAACGCCCGCCGGCGGUGCAUGAACCGCUGGCAGGAGGACGCGGGCGCCAACCCUGGGGUUCCCUCAUCUUCUACAAGCACUUUCUCCAAAGCAUGA